AGUCGUUUUUGGACAUGUUGAACAUGUAUCGGAAAGAACAAAAGGGCAUCAAUGAAGUUUACCAUGAAGUUGCUGCACUUUUUGACGAUCAACCCGAUCUUCUAGACGAAUUCACAAAGUUUAUGCCAGAUGCAUCUGCCGCCGCAUCCGCGCAUAAUGCUUCGUUGGGACGACACCGUUACGAUGAACAACGGAGCUCUGCAAUGGGUCCACAUAAACAGGCGCAAAUGGAUAUCAAGCCACGAGGAGGCAGCCGACAAGAUCGGAUCAACGGUUCGCAUCCCAAGCUGGAUCUAAAUGCUGACGAGGAUGACAAAACAUCGAUGAAGUUUCACAAGGACCAGAGAAAGCGGUCUGAAAAAGAAAGCAGGGAUCGAAGAACCUAUGAUCAGGAUUACAAAGAGCCCGAUCAUGAUGCUAAUAGAGACACGCAUCAUAUCGAAAAACGAAAAUCUUCAAGCAAGAUUGAAGAUUUUGGAGUUCAUUCAGGUGUGGCCGCGAUGUGA